UGUUUAUUCAAAUCUUGGACGCAUGUGAUUAGCUCACCCCGCCAGUUUUUAAAGAAUAUAUCAACUGAGAGCAUGUCUAAAAAGUUCAACACGUCUCUUUUUUCCUAGCCUGAAUGACAUAUUAUGCACUCUAUAUAAAUCAAGAUUAAAAGUAAUUGAGAAGUUAAUACAAAAAGAGCAAGAUUUGGCAUGAUGAGUUUAAGGUUCCAUUUUUAUAUCUUGGUUUUGCAUGCAUGCAUUAUCAUCCAAACCCAAUGCCUUGAUAACAUAUGCCUGCCAAAUGAAGAAGCUGACUUAUUCAAUUGUGGGGAUUCGAUUCUUGAUGUUGGAAACAACAUCUGUUUGCCAAAGGAACAUGUUGCCUUAUUCAUUUUUGGGGAUUCAAUACUUGAUGUUGGAAACAAUAACUAUAUAAAUACCUCCAUUGCUGAUCUCCAGGCAAAUGUUUCGCCUUAUGGGAAAAGCUUCUUCAGGUUCCCCACUGGGAGAUUUUCCGAUGGCUGGCUCAUUCCAGAUUUCAUCGCUGAGUAUGCAAACUUGGAGCUAAUUCCUCCAUAUCUACAUCCUGGUUAUAAUCGGUACAUUGAUGGGGCUAACUUUGCGUCAGGAGGAGCUGGUGCUCUUGAUGAAACUCGUCAAGGUCAGGUGAUAGACCUAAACACUCAACUUAAUUAUUUCAAGAACAUGGAGACUCUGUUGAGGCAAAAAAUAGGUGAAAAAGAAGCCAAAGGGAUGUUGUUCAAAGCUGUUUACUUAUUUAGCGUUGGAAACAACGAUUAUAAUAUCCUCUUUUCCACAAACUCCAGUGUGCUUCAAUCCUACUCUCGAGAAGAAUACGUAAAUAUGGUAAUUGGUAACUUGGCAACUGUGAUCAAGGUAAUUACAAUUACUGUUUUAAUAGAACUAGUCGCAGACCUACGCGAUGCAUGA